AUGGACUUCGAUUUGGCGGAUGCUCUGCGGAGGUAGGCUGUCUCCUGAAUUGAUUCCUGAGGAAUACUGUAUUUUUUGUUUGCAUGUAUUUGUUAGCCUUAAACCUAUUUCCAAUUUGCAUGCUGAUGUAUAGGCUACAGUUUGCACAAACCUUUGUUAGACCCACCUCGAUAUAAAAAUAACUUGUUUAUCUGAGCUUGAAGAGGAAGAUGAGAUUUAAGGCUAACACCUUUUGUGUUUUUUCCCUGAAGCUCUUAUUCGGAGAGUAUGGGGUUUGAUGCGGAAUGCAGCCUGUCUGGUGCGAAGGUAAGACAUUUUGCUACACAUUGUAUAAAAAAGGAUGGCAAGCGCUACAAGGAUUAGGAUACACUAGUUGUAGAACAUUAAAAACGUAGGUUGAGUCAGUGUGCUCAUGCAUAAAGAGGACCAAUAAGGCACUCUGAUAUUAAAUUGCCUUAAUAGUGGUGGCAUGUUCAAUAGAACAGUCUUUAAAAUCUCUUUAAACCUCAAACCUUUAAAACUGAGGGAAACCUGGGACAACUCCAGAAAAUAGAUAUUUUUUUCUUUUCUUGACAGAAUGUAUUUAUUUUUUUCUACUUGGACUCUCAUUCGAAUUACUUGUAUGUGUGUAGGGUGGACCAGAAAUGGAGCUGCACCUGGGCCUGAGCUUUGAACUGGAGGUUCUCCAGCAGCGUCAGGGAGGCAUGAGACAGGUGGCUCACCUGGUGAUAGCGAUGCACAGGAUGAAACACACCUUCCAGAAGUCCGACUCCAUACACACUCCCCUGGGCAUGGAGUGCACCGACGAACAGCUUUGCAGCAUCAUCAUGGACAACCUGGUGGAAGGUACAUAGACUGCCAUGCCGUAUAGUCACCAAUAGACAAUCUAUAUUAUUUGAUUAGACUGUACUCUGGACUGAUUUUCUGUUUCUUUAGGCCCAGGUCACUGUUAACAAUUCAGUUGAUUGAUAGUCCCUGUCCCAUGUCCCCCACACUCCCCUCUCCCCACUUGUAUUUUCCCCUACUGCUACCCCCUCCCUCCUCCUCUGUGUAGAUUGUGUGAUGGAGCGGGUCCAGGAGCCAGAAGGAGCGAUGGCUAAAAAGGCUGAGGGGACCUUCAAGCGGAUGGACAGCCCCGAGCAGUGCACCCUGCGUGACCAUUACCAGAAGAGCGUGGUGCACUACCCUGAAACCAUGGUGCUACAGGCCGUUACACUGCAGGGAGGCAACAACCACCUGAGAGGUAGGCUAACUGCCAAACUACAUUGCAAGCACAGUGUAAGCAUUCCGUAAGCGUCGUUUUUUUGGCAGCCUUUACCAAAAUCGGCAACAUCACAGUUGAGUGUUAAUAUCACAGUUGAGUGUUAAAAAUGACUAAAAUAGUGAAAAUGCCCUUUAACUCUCUCUCUCUCUUUCUCUCUCUGUCUCUCAGCGAGGUUCAACCUCUCCAUGUAUGAUAUUAAUAUGGACUCCUCCACUAUCCAUGCCAAGCCAGUUGUCUUGGGGAUUGCCAGUAGCAACUUCAACUUGUCCUGCUCCAUGCAGACAGACAGCACAACUCCUAUCCUACAGUUGGAGGUGUGUUUCACUCUCUCACUUUCACAAACACACACACACUUACCUCUACAUACUCAAUUCACCUCUCAUCAUCCUAAUCAUUUCUCCUCCCCUCCCAUUCUCUCUUUCUCAGCUGUGUUCUGAGGACCAGUUGAAGACCAUCAGCGCUCAGGGAGACACAGUUCGCUUCCUCUUCUACAAGACAACCCAAGGCAUCUCCCUGACAACCUUCGAGUCGGCCAAGUACCCCGGCUGGUUCAUCAGCACCUCACUGGAGCAACGCAAGCCCAUAGAGAUGUGUCAGAAAGAGGACGUCAGAAAUAUCAACUUCUCAGUCAAAAACUAA